CACGGUGUGACGCCUCCAAUGUGUAAAGAGCCAAUGAUCAGUGUCAAUGUAACCCAAUUCAGUGUUGAAGAAGACCCAAAGAUGUAAUUGGCUGAAAAUCUUUUUAGGGAUGCAGCUGCAAUUCAAAGGUUAUAAAAUCUAAUAUCUCAAUGUGAAGAAAUCAUUCCUGCAGAAAUGAUAAUACAGGUGAUACAAUGUAUAUAGGGUUCCGUAAAUUACACCAAUAAAAACACAAAUGGGCGCAGGAUCUUUAAUAUGAAUAUUAUGCUUUCAUUGUCAGUUACUUUCACGCGCUUGAAUAAUGUUCUUCUUUUUUAAUGAACAGUUGACAUUGUCAAUUUUAUAAUUAUCACAAAUAGUGCAAAAAAAAAAAAUGAAAAAUUUACAAAAUCAGAAAACAGUGAAAAAUAAUUCCAGUCAAACUGGAGAUAUAAUUAGACUUUCAAGUCGAAAAAGAAAAUGUAGUGGUAAAAAAAUUUUAGGACCAAAUUUUCAAAAUUUUUGUGAACAUACUAGUCUUCAUGGUUUUCAUUAUAUUACUUCUCCAAAUACAAGUGUUGUCGAAAGAAUUAUUUGGUCUUUGAUUUGCACAAUAUUUUUGUUGAUUGCAUUUGGUAUGAUGUUCAUUAUUAUGUAUCAUUAUUCAAAAACACCAACAACAACAACAAUUGAAACCACGGCUUAUCCAAUUUGGGAUAUUGAAUUUCCUGCAAUUACUAUUUGUAAUCAUAAUAAAGUGUAUCUUCCAUCAGCUUUAAACGUUACAAAAACUUUGUUAAAGAAAAAUAUUGGACAAGAAGAAAUUGAUAGUUUUUUCAAAUUACUGCCUCAAUUAAUUAGACCUUCAUUUCAAAGAGAAAAUUUUAAAAAUAUGUCCUCUAUUUUGGAGCGUAUUAAUAAAACAAUGGAGCAACUUAUGUUUGAAUUAAUGCAACCGUGCAGCAAAAUGCUUCGUCUUUGCGUUUGGCUCGAUCAAGAAUAUGAUUGUAAUAAAAUAUUUAAGGCCACUAAAUCCAGCGAAGGAUUUUGUUGUUCCUUCAAUUAUCAUGUGAGACACAACAAAAAAUUGAACGUUGAUAAUACCACUAAAGAAGAUUGGAAUUAUAAUAAAAUUAAAGAUGAGGGGCAACCAGGUGUUGAUGAAAUUCAAUUUGUACCGGGUGCUGGCAGAGAUUAUGGAUUAAUAGUGCAUUUUGAUCUUGAAAGUGAAUACUAUAUUGGUAGCAUUAAACCAUAUAUUGGAGCAUCAAUUUUGAUACAUCAUCCAAAUGAAUUUCCUGAAGUUGAUUUGCGAUCAAUUAUUAUUCAACCUUCUCAAGAAGUUACUGUUUUAUUAUCAGGAACAAUUAUUGAAAGUGAACCAGGCAUUCGUGACUUACCACUUAAUUUAAGAAAUUGUUUAUUUAAAGAUGAGAAAAAGUUGAAUAUAAGCACCACUUAUGGAUAUCAGUCUUGCGUUUCACAAUGCAGAAUAAAAUUUAUUGUAACUCAUUGUAAAUGCAUACCUUUCUACUAUCCUAAAAUUUAUCCUGAUGUAAGAAUUUGUAAUCUUAGGGAUAUUGAAUGUUUACAAUCCAUAAGAAAAAAUAUUUCUGAGUUACAAACAGACAGUGAUGUGAAUGCUUAUGAUGUAAGUUCGUCUGAAGAAGAAGAAGAAGAACAAGAAGAACAAGAAGAUAAUGAUGAUGAAAAACAACCAAAAAAGACAAAUUGCUCUUGUUUUCCUUUAUGUACUGAUAAUUGGUACACUUUAAAUACAGAAAGUGCUUAUAUGGAAUCAUUUCAUAAUAACAUUAUGUUAUUAAAUGGUUUGGAUAUUAAUAAGACUUCUACAGCUGUGAUAUAUUUUCGUGAUAUUACUUGUAUAAAAUAUAAAAGAGAUAAAUGGAAAUCAUUGAAUGAUCUUAUUGCGUCACUUGGUGGUAUUUUAGGUCUUUGUGUUGGUGGCUCUUUUGUUAGUGUUUUUGAAGUAAUUUAUUUCUUUAUUAUAAAUAAAUGUUUUAAAAAGAAAUCAAAAACUUCAACACCAAAAAUUGUCAUGUGUACCAAUAUUUCAUCAAAUGUUGAUAAUACAAAAAAAUCAGAAAAUCAAAGUAACGCUAUUAUGGUUGAAAAUAAAAUUUCUCCCAUGAAACUCAUCAAGGAUUAA